CUUUAAUCACAAUUAUCUAGAUAAUUUAAAUUGUUAUAAACUUUUGAUGUUUUAUUUAUGGAUCAGGAAUUGCCCAUAAUAAUUAAUAUGGUCACUGAAAAUAAAAGUUUUACUUCUUACCUUAUAGGACUUAUAUUAGCAAUAUCUUCAAGUAUAUUUAUUGGUUCUAGUUUUAUUAUUAAAAAAAUUGCGCUAAAAAAGAUAAGUGACCAGGGCAAUGUACGGGCUUCAGCUGGUGGAUAUUCAUACCUAAGACAGUGGAUGUGGUGGUUAGGUUUACUAACAAUGGGAAUUGGGGAAGGAGCAAACCUACUUGCUUAUGGUUUUGUGCCUGCUGCACUCGUUACACCAUUAGGAGCCCUUAGUAUAUUAGUUACAGCAGUAUUAUCAUCUAAAUUUCUAAAUGAAAAGCUUCACUUUGUUGGGAAGAUUGGGUGUUUGCUGUGUGUAAUUGGUUCCGUUAUUUUAGUUGUGCACUCACCAAGGUCAGAUAAUAUAUCAAGCUUUACAGAAUUGAAAUCACGACUUUUUGACCAUGUCUUUGUAUCAUAUGUAUUAAUUGUUACUCUAUCAAUAUUAUUUUUAAAGAUUUUCUUAGUGCAUAAAUUAGGUAAAACUAAUGUCAGUAUUUAUUUAUCAAUAUGUUCAGGUAUUGGCAGUCUUACUGUUGUUUUUUGUAAGGGAGUAGCUUUAGGUUUUAAAGAAGGUAUCAGUAUUAAUGAUAUGUCUAAUUUGGGAACUUUAAUUUUUCUGAUUGCUAUGGCUAUAGCAGGAAUGGUGAUGCAACUGAAUUAUUUAAAUAAGUCACUUGAUAUAUUUAGUACAACUAUAGUUACUCCAGUCUAUUAUGUUAUGUUCACAGUAUUAGUCAUUGUAUCCUCAGGAAUAUUAUUUAAAGAAUGGGAAAAAAUUGGCUACCAAGAUAUCAUAGGCUGUAUAAUUGGUUUCAUUAUAUUAGUAAUAGCUGUUUUUAUGUUGAAUAUGUAUAAAAAUCCUAGUGUUAUAGAUAAGUACAACAAUCGAGCAUUCAUUGACUUAUAACAUUAUUCUUUUUUGUUACAUAUAAAGAUGUAUAAACUAUGAGUAAGGUAUCUAUUGUGUAAUUGUUUGAAAUUAAAAUUUUUAUUACUACAAAAUA